UGGCCACCACCCAGAGCAGGCCGGCCAGCCUAGUGUUGCCUGUGCGGAGGGCAGCAGCGGGCACUGCCGAGAUGGGGCUGGCGGCGGAGGCCGGAGGCGCCUACUCCCGGGCGGGGGGCAGCCCCAGGGACUGUGGCUACUACCUGCGCUACUUUUUCCUCUUUGUCUCCCUCAUCCAGUUCCUCAUCAUCCUGGGCCUCGUCCUCUUCAUGGUCUACGGCAACGUGCACGUGAGCACGGAGUCCAACCUGCAGGCCACCGAGCGCCGGGCCGAGGGCCUGUACAGCCAGGUCGUGGGGCUCACGGCCUCCCAGGCCAACCUGUCCAUGGAGCUCAACCUCACCUCCCGCGCCAAGGAAGCCAUCAAGCAGCUGAUGCUGAGUGCCCGCCGCGAUCUGGACCGCAUCAAUGCCAGCUUCCGCCAGUGCCAGGCUGACCGGGUGAUCUACGUUAACAACCAGAAGUACAUGGCGGCCAUCAUCUUGAGCGAGAAGCAAUGUCAAGAGCAGCUGAAGGAGACUAACAAGAGCUGUGAUGCCUUGCACCAAAUAUGGAACCAGAAGAUCCGGACGCUGGAGGUGGAGCUGGCAAAGGAGAAGGAGGUGUGCACCAAGGACAAGGAGGGGCUGGCGCUGACCCGGCGGCGGGUGGAGGAGCAGCUGGCCGAGUGCGGCCAGGCCCGCGAGCAGCAGCAGCUGGCCCGGCAGCUGGCCGACGAGCGCCUGCACAAGGUGCAGAGCCUCUGCCUUAUGCUGGACAAGGACAAGUUUGAGACGGAGCUGCGGAACCUCUGGAGGGACUCCAUUAUCCCGCGCACCCUGGACACCAUGGGCUACAACCUGUACCACCCCCUCGGCUCAGAGCUGACCUCCAUCCGGAGAGCCUGCGACCACAUGCCCGCCCUCAUGAGCACCAAGGUGGAGGAGCUGGCCCGGAGCCUGCGGGCCGACAUCGAGCGCGUGGCCCGCGAGAACUCGGACAUCCAGCGCCAGAAGCUGGAGGUGGAGCAGAGCCUGCAGGCCACUCGGGAGGCCAAGGAGAAGGUGGAGAAGGAGGCCCAGGCCCGAGAGGCCAAGCUCCAGGCCGAAUGCGCCCGGCAGACCCAGCUAGCCCUGGAGGAGAAGGCGGCUCUGCGGAAGGAGCGAGACCACCUGGCCAAGGAGCUGGAGGAGAAGAAGAAGGAGGCCGAGCAGCUGAAAUUGCAAUUGGUCGUCAGCCACUCCGCCUUGGACACCUGCAUCAAGGCCAAGUCGCAGUCGAUACCUGUACCAAGGCCUGUGGGCCCUGCCCCCAACCCCCAGCCCAUCGAUCCAGCUGGCCUCGAAGAAUUCAAGAGAAGGAUCCUGGAGUCCCAGAGGCCCCCUGCAGGGGCUGCAGCCCCAUCCAGUGGCUAAGGAGGCCCAGGCCCUGAGGACCGAGGCGUGGCCCCGACUCGCCAGUCUGCGGAUGCGGCGGGCAGGGACCCCCCGACCCCGCACGCACGCCAGAGUGGGCGCCCUUGCCCUGCACCCCGCGCUCGUCCUGCCCCACCCCCACCCUCACCCCCUACAGCCUCCCAUACUCCUUCACGGGCCCACACCUGCACCGCGCUAUCCCUCCCCCGCCCCUAGACACUGCACGGGUGUCACAGACAGAGAGCCGAUGGGUCCCACAAAGCCACGGCAGUGACGUCACACACAGAGCGUGAGAACGGGGCACACAGACACAGCGCCCCAGCACGCACGGGCUUUCCGGCCGGCCCUGGCGCAAUGUCACACCCCUCCAAUGCCCCCGGGCCAAGGCACCCGCGUCUGCACGCCCCUGUGUCCCCACCGCACAGCCCUCCAAUUUCCCUGUCUCCUGACCCUCCCUCACCCGGUGUGCCAGGCUCGGGAAGGGAGAACAGGAAAGCAUGAGCCUCCGUUUCCUGGAGAGUCCCCAGGUUCCCCUGCCAGGCAGCACCGGGUAGUCCCGAGCUGUCCCUCGGUCCCUCACCCCCCAUACACAGCCCUGCCUGUGGCCCGUAUAAAUAUGUUAGUGGCACUAAAUAAAUAUUAUUGAAUCCUA